AUGUCUCUUGAUUUCGCUUCUUUCCGUUUGGAGCAUAACAAAGCUGAUGACUAUUCGGGUCUAUGUAUGAUCAGUACAGGUGCUAUCGAAGAGGUACCUAUCUUGUUGGCUAAACCUCAGACUUAUAUGAACUUCAGCGGCAAAUCGGUUGGACCUUUAGCUGCACACUAUCAAGUACCAUUGGGCCACAUUUUACUGAUCUACGAUGAGAUAGCUUUACCAAGUGGGGUUUUGAGACUUCAACCAAAAGGAGGUCGAGGCUAUCACAACGGAGUAAAGAGUGUAAUGGGGCAUUUGGAUGGUCGUAGAAACUUUCCAAGGCUAAGCAUAGGCAUUGGUAAUCCACUUGGAAACAUGGAGAUGAAAGCUUUUCUUCUUCAGAAGUUUAGUCCAUCGGAAUGGAAACAGAUCGAUGAAGGACUCGAGCAACAAAGUGAAGCAGUGAGGACUCUUGUACUCAAUGGAUUCAAUCAAGGAAUCUCAAGAUUUAAUCUUGUGCAGAAGUAUAAAUUCCACAAAGUAUAA